AUGUGGGAAGCGGAUUUCAACGAUGGACCCCCGCUACCUCCUGACGCCUCGGCUCUUGAAGUUUUCGUGGGUUGGCCGUUACCUUUCUUCGCAUCGGCUGUAAAGCUGCUUACAGUGGGUAUUUGCAUGCCAAUGAUAUUUCUGAUGUUUGUUGGGUUUUACUGCUGGGAGUUGAGUUUCUUCCGACUUGAUAAUUACGGUGGUAAGCGAAGGUCUAUCCUUGAUGGUUUAUUGGCUCCGUCGACACACGCGCCGCAAAUCAAGCAAUCUAAAUUUGCAAGCUCCACGUGCGAAAGCUCCCUGACAAGGAUUGUACUCGAGUACGUUGUGAAGGUUUUCCUUGGUAAAGUGAUGAAGACUAUACCGCCUGCUCCUACUCUACUGGCUCGAGAACUUUCCAUGUUCGACAAAAUUCUCGACGCGCGAAAGCUGGGUUCAAUUCCCAAACAAAGAUUCCACGUCGAAAAAUGCCCAUUUUUCUGGCGUUCGUGGAAAGUGUGA